ACUCAACAACCGUACUCUACUCCUCCUACCCACUGCCCCUACUGCCCAAACUCUCCCUCUUCCCUUGCCCUGCCCCGCCGCCAACCCGGGGGAAAAAAAAAAAAAGUAAAAAGGAGACAGAGGGAGAAGUGCCCUCUCCCACCACCGUCUUGCAACCGCAAUAUUUAAAGGCCCUCCUUCCCCCACAACAACCCCGCCGACUGCUACAACUUCGCAUACCCAAAUGUCAGCUUGUCCGUUGGAGCAUGUCUCGGGAGCCUCGCAGUCUCCAAUCACUUCCUUUUGAGCGUCCUUGAUCUCGUUGUCUUUCUUCCUCCCUUUUACCUUGGCCCUUUGGAGAUGUCUUGUCCCCCCUCUUCUUCCUCUGCCCUAGCUCCUAUUCAACCGCAAAAUUAUUCUAUGGUCGACUCCAAGGUACAGCAUAUGCGCUUCCAUUCCUUUCAUCUCUCCCCACCACACUCACCAGCCAUGUCUUUGCAGCUCCAGGAUGCGCAAGGGUCCAAUGAGGAGGAUUCUUCCAUACCUGCUACCCAAGCUUGCGCCGAUAUCCCGACACCACCAAAUACCGUCGGUGGGAUUGCUUCCUCUUCCUCCUCCCCCUCCACAUCUUCUACCCAACUCUCCGACCUUGAGGAUUCCACUCCUCAAGCUUUGGCUCAGCCCGCCAAGCCAUCUCUCUCGAGUACGGAUGAUGUUCCUCGGCUCCAAGAAUCCUUUAGCGGUCUCAAGCUCGAGACGGACAACCUCCUCUCCAAUGGAGACAGCUCGUCCCGGUGCGCUGUGGGUAUCCCGCCAGUCACAUUAGUGCCCCCUAACGGCGAUGCUCCAAGUACCUCGGUGAGUUCGAUAGCUGGGCCAACAGCUCUUCUCCCCCGUUCCUCCAUCCUCUGGAAUUAAAAUUACGGGUGAUCCAAUCGCUAAGCCUAGUUUAAGCUCCGGGGACCCGCUUCUCACGCGGGGGAUACCUCUGCUCGGCCUGGCUACCCAACAUCUGGUGACGGAUUCGAUGUGCUCAAGCGACCAGUCGGCUCGGAUGGAGCCGAAGCCCCACCUGUGAUUGUGGUGUCUUCACAAAAAUCAGCUUCAAUUCCCCCUCCACCCUCGACACACCCGAGUGUGGAAAUGUUGAUAGACGAACCCGACCAGCGCCUAUUAGAUGCCCUCGAAAAUCAGAGAGACCGUUUGUUCGUUAUCAAACUGGAGCAGGAUGUUAUUGAUUUUAUCGAGAAAAACAGGUACUUAAAACCUCUCUUUUCCUCCUUUUUUUUUUUUUUUUCUUCAAUCCCAUUCUAAGGUUUUCUAGCUCCGAUGUUUUCGACAUGCCACCCAUCAAUGCCUAUCACCGGCUACUCACUCACAAAAUGGCCGAAUACUACAGGCUUACUCAUGUCGCAGAUAAUAGUGGUACAUCCGUUCGCCUCUAUCGGGGGCAGUUUGCCAGAAUGUAAGUGCGAACAAUCAUUCCACUGGGGAAAUGGUGCUAACCCGUGCGUGCAGACCGCCGGUACGGCUUUCAGACAGGCGUCCCCCGAAUGCAAUUCCCGGCUCUUCAGCGGCAAAUGCGACGAAAUCUAGUUUCAAGAUAAUGCAGAGGUCUACGUCGAACCGGGGAUCAGAUACCCCGCCCGAGCAGCAAAACGGUAGUUUCCCCAAGAAGACCGCAUCGGAAAGUUCUUCCGGCGACGGUUCAGCAAGGGUAACUACUCGGGAGGAGAGGGAGCAGGCUUAUCAGGAAGCUCGAGCUCGCAUUUUUAAAGAUUUUGUCGAGUCCCCACCUGAAACACCAGCACCCUCCAAAUCGAACGAAAAGGCAAGAAAGCAAGAAAAGCCGGAUGAAUUCCAUGGGCGAUCUCAGUUUUAUGCUGUGCCGACCCCAGCGCCCCCGGCCAACCCAUACUACUUUCCCCAAUACGAGGACCCCAGACUCCAAGGUCAAAACAAUUCUAACAUUUCUGGGGGGUCGCGCUUCAAUCCAAACACUCCAAGCUUCAAUCCAUCCCCAUUUGCACCUCCUUUGGCUAGCUUCACGCCUCCGCAGCAAUCUCAGCCACAAUCAUUCAUGCCAACCCACCCAAACCGCAAUUUCCCGCCACAGGCGGAUAGAUCUUUUCCUACCCCUAGCCAGGGUCAUGUCGGGCCAAACAUCUUUCCCCAACAGCAACCACGCAAUGGAUAUCAUCCAGAGCAAAGCGCAAGCUUUCACAAUGGGAAUCCCCAACCGAGCUCCUUAAUGAUGUCCACCAACUUUGCCAGUCAGCGUUUUAACGUUCAGCCCCCCCUCCAUGGUCAGCAUUCAGGUCCUCCUAUGGCUGCUUCUAUACCUGUCACCGCCAACAGACAUCCCUAUGCCAGCCCAUCCAACUACGCGGUUGGCAACCAAGUAUUGGGUAAUCAGAGGUUCCAUGUACCACAGCAGCAACCCCCUAUGCCUGGGAACGGAUGGAGCACUCCUCCAAUUGCCAACGGGGGGAUUCCGAUGCCCACGAGGUCGCAGUCCGCCCUUCCUGCACUCGAUAGGCCAACUCCGCCCUUUGGCGGGAUGCCAUACCAAAACCACCAGCAAUCACAACAUUGGGGGGGCAAUCCUAUCGUGGGCUCAGCUACGCCCAUAAACUUUCGACAGGGGCCAUUCGGAGGGGCAGGCGGUCCCGGAAUGCACGGACCGGUCGGUGGGAUGUAGUUUUACGAAGCUGGGGUUGUUUCAUAGAUUCGAGUAACUUUUUUACAGAUAGUAAAGGUUUUUGGCCUACCCAACUGGAAGAAGAAAAAAAGCAAAAUGGCGGGGUCGGAGUUUGUCUUCUCUCAUACAUAGACGCGCUGCUUCAAAGCGAUAAAAUGAACUGCAUGAUUAAUUCCUGUCCCACAAGUCUUGCAAUGGCUUCAUGUUUGUACCUUAAUCGAAAAUUUCCUUCCCUUUGUUCUUAGCUCUCUCAUAUGAUUAUCUUUGUGGCGUAUCUAGUUCUGAAUUCAAACCCAUGUGAAGUACCCCAGCAUCAACCCAUCGCCCUUCUCCCAAAAUUUACAGCCAAUAGCCCAGCAUGCCCGUUCCAGUAUCACAAUCCAGAGAACAUGGACUUUUUUCGGGGUUUGGACGCCCAAAGUCUCAAUGCCGAGUGAUACUACAUGAUGGGUAAUAACACUAUUGGAUCGUGCGUAUAUACAACAUAGAGUCUUUAUGAGUGCAAGCGAAAGGGC